AUCACAUUUUAUUCCGUUAUAUUGGCGUGCCUGACGCUUUUGUAGAGGGCGCUGUUGUUGUCAAGACGCCAUCGCACGUUUGCUAUUUCCUGAAUCGUCCAUUUUGAAUCCAUACGCCUUGUAAGAUAGUUGUGGUACCUGUCCAGUUGAAGAUUUUUAUUAUUUUAAGUGAAACUUAACGUGUUAAUAGAGCAGAAUGGCAGAUCCAGCAGCAGAAGGAGCUGCAGCACCUGAUGCUGGAGCAGCACCUGGCAAUGGAGUGUCUGGAGGACCUCCUCAACAUGGUGAAAGAGGUGGCUUUCGAGGUCGUGGUGGCAGAGGAGGAGGAGGAGGAUUCAGAGGUGGGCCACCUGGUAGAGGAGGAGGAGGAUUUAGAGGACGUGGUGGUCCUGGAGGUCCAGGCGGUCCUGGAGGACGUGGAGGUGGCGGUCCGAUGAUGCGCGGUCGCGGUGGAGGCGGCAUGGGCGGUGGAAUGGGAGGCGGUAUGGGUGGCCGCGGGGGCGGUGGAGGCCCCGGCAUGGGAGGCCGUGGCGGAUUCGGCGGACGCGGUAGAGGCGGACCUGGAGGAGACGGACACCGCGGCGGUGGGGGCAGAGGAUUCGGAGGCAGAGGAGGCAUGGGUGGCCGCGGAGGCGGUGGUGGCGGAGGUAUGAUGAUGGGGGGGAUGGGACAUGGAGACUAUGCCCCCAUAGGCAUGGGAGGUGGCGGCAUGAAAGAUGACGUCGGAGCGAUGGGUGGCAGAGGCGGCGGUAUGGGUGGCCGCGGGGGCGGCGGUAGAGGCAGAGGAAUGGGCGGAGACCGCGGCGGUGGCGGCGGAUUUAGAGGAGGUAGAGGCGGAUUCGGAGGCGGCGGCGAUCGUGGAGGCGGCCGCGGUGGCGGAUUCGUAGAUAGAGGAGGAAGAGGAGGCAGAGGAGGAUUCGGUGAUAGAGGCAGAGGAGGACCGCAGGGUCAGAAGAGAGGAUUCGGUGGUCAGGGAGGACCUGCAGGCGGUCAAGGUGGCCCAGUCGGUCAAGGAGGGCCCAAGAGGACCAGGUUCGAUGGAGGUGGACAGCAAGCUGGCGGACAGAACGGAUAUAAUUCAGGUGGCGCUGGAGGAUAUGGCGGCCAACAAGCGUACCAAACACAGCAAUAUGGCGGCAGUCAGGGAUAUGGAGGUCAAGGUGGCGGAUAUCAGCAGGGUGGAUAUGGCAGUCAAGGUGCUGCUGGAGGAUACGAGAACAGCGGAUAUACUCAGGGAUAUGCGGCGGCGCCUGCUACAGAUUACUCUGGUUAUUCUGCGGGAUACGGAGCAGCUCCAGCGGCUGACGGAUACGCUGGCGGAUACAACAGCGGAGCAUCCGGCGGAUACGGCGCGACUUCGGUAGGUGGAGGAUACGAUGACAGAAGUGGCGGAUACGCGGCAGCCGGAGGCGGAUACGGUACCGCCCAGGCUAGACGAUACUAAAUAGGUUCCCUGCCAAAAAGGCAAACAAAAAUAGUAUUCCUUUGACGAUCUGUAACUUAAGUUAGUUGUGUAUGUUAAUAUUUUCUCUGAAAUAAGAACACAGAAACUGUGUAUUCUGCUGCUAAUGUAUUAUAGAUAAUUACGUGUAAUUUUUUAAUAUCAAACAAGUUUGAACCAUGAUUCAGACAAGUAUGGAUAGGUACCUACAUUUAACAUAAUUGUGAUUUAUUUCGAUAUGUUUUUCUUUUUGUUUAUAGUUUCUUGUCUGCAUUCAGUUGAUGAUUUAUGUGUGGAUUUAAUAAUGCGAAUGUCCGCUGACUUAAAUUAUUUGAUGAAUAAACCAUUUUGUAUAUAAAUUGUAUUUUUGACAAAUUAAAAAAGCGUUUGAAACACGAUCCGAUCGACUGGUAGCUGCUGAAAUUUUCUAGAUGCUCAAAAGCUUCGGUUAUAGCUGAUAGCAAAAGGCAAUAUUAGGGAAAUAAGUUAAGCAUAACAUGUAAAGCAUGAGCAGCAAAUAAGAUGAUUUCCGAUUUUUGAUUAUCUGAAAAAUUCAGCCUCUUCAUGAAUGAAUUUGGAUUUAUUUGUAAUAAAAAAUACCGAGUUCAAAGACAGUAGUAUUACUAAAACUUCCUCCGCACUGUAUACCCUGAACUCCACUGAAAGACCAACGUUUCUUCAGAAUACAAGCAACAACUAUAUGCAUUAUCAUUAUAUAAGAAUUAAAAAAAUGAGGAAUAAUCGGUGUUGUUACAUUAAAACACGUUUUUGGUUUACAAUAUGCAGCAGAUAGACUUUCAUUUUUAAAGGAAGCUUUAAAUCCAUUACAAAGAAGUCCACAAGUAUUAGUGGUGCUUGUUAAGACUAAUGGUCGUUAAAAUUUUCUAUUCUAUUUGAUGAUCACAAAUUCUCUACAAAUCUUUUGUCAGUCGAAUUGUGUAAAUGACACCUCAGGCUUGUAACAAAAGAAAAUGAGAUUACUCUGAUGAAAUCAGUGUAUUGAGAGCGUACAUGUUUGGAAGAGAUUGUAGGUAAUGUAUAACUAGGCAUACCAAUCUUAUUUAAAAUCUCAUUAUUAUGCUCCAUUUUCUGUUUAUUUAGUGAAUAGCAAAACGUAUGGCGGCGGAUAAAGCGCUGAGUGCAAAAGGAAGUAAAGUAUGAGAAGCAGAUCACAUGGAGGCACAGUUUGAAAUACAACAUCUAUUUUCAUCACAAUGUUGUAAUUGUAUUAUUAUCGCAAACAGCGAUUAUUGUUUUGUUAAAAAGACAUUUAUUUGCAUAUCUUGAAAUAUGGAAAAUAUGUCGAAUUUGGAUCACCAGUUGAACCAUUGAAUUUUAUCGAAAUUUUCAUGAAAUAUCAUCACUAGAUCAAUUAAGAUGACUUUCAAUUUUUUGUGCGCGCCAUCUCUUGUCUUUAAAGGUGGACAAGUGAAAAAUGUAAUAAAAACUGACAAUUGAAAUUCACUGAACAGUUCAAACUAAGUGAUGGGAACAAAGUAUAAAAAUAUGAAUAAAACACAUCAGAACUCUAUACCCUUGAAACUGUAGAAGUUUGGGAGAAAUUAGGUAAUGUAUAAACUACAUAUAUUUAUUCACCUUACUUUCAGUCUCAGUGUUAGUAGUAUUAUUCAUUUUCUAUUUGAUAAUUGCAAAAUGUAUAUAAAGAGUAAGUCGAUGAUUUUCUGAUCAAUAAAAAGCAUAAAGCAGCAGAUCACAAGAAGCCAAACGCAAUGGUUGAAGCAGACAUUGACAUGAAUAUUCAUAACCUUUAUGAAAUAUCCAAAGUAUAACAUAUAAAUUGAGAAAAUGUCGGAAAGUGAACUAUUAAAUCGAAUUCAGCAGUAAAUUUACA